GCCUCCGGAGAUGGUUGCCGGUCGCAUGCUCUCCCACGGCCAGCGCAUGCUCCAAGCUGCUAAUGUUAGGCCUUACCCUUAUCCAUCUUCUAAGGCAUCCCGAAGAGGCUUUUCAAGGGGAAAAGGGAUCCAGGAUGCCUCUCAAGAUGGAUAAGGGUGAGCUCUAAUAAUGCUAGUUGUACUGCGACAACCGGGCGAUGUUUGAGAACCGAGUACAAGAUCACGUUUCAAGCAGAAUCAUUGGAUCAGCCACCUUUGGGAAAGAAG